UGGCUUUUGGACCAAAGAUGGGGUCGUUUUUGUUUUUAACUGGUGAUGAAACUUUGGUUCAUUAUAUUCUUAUAUACAAGACUCACAAAGACAAUCGCCGUAUGCAAUUUUUUACGAAUUGAAUUUUUUUACUUAAUAACUUGAGCGAUAUGUACAGUUUUAAAGCAAUAUUGAAAGAAAUAUCGUCAGUUAAAAACAGCGGAAUUGCUGGGUGGCCAAAAAGUCAAUGAGCUAUACAUUCUUUGUAAAAUUUCUAAUUUUAAAAAGAUAAUUUCUCUGAAAUCUUCCGGCCUGUGGUGCUCAAAUUUCCAGUGAUAACUGAAAUUGUUAUGCCCUUUCAAUAUUCAAAGGUUUAAUUUUAUUAGCGUCAGCAGAUAGUGAUAUGCCAGUGCAUAUGUUAAUGAGGCAAAAAUGUAAACAAAGAUUCGCCCAUAGAGAAGUGUUAACAAAUGUUGGUAAGGACAUGGGGGAGUGUGUCGUCUCAUUUUAUGCGUAUUAUGGUAUCUCUUGUUAUAACGUGCCUAUUUCCUCAUAGAGAGGAAUGGAGUUCAUGUUCAUUUAUCAUCAAAUGGAAAAGUUCGGUGGCUUGUCAAAUAAAAAGGUAAGCUUGUGAUUGCGUUAAGAGCAACGGCUAUCUCCUCUAAACCCCUCCACUGGUCCUUCUCAACGCUAAGGAGAUUCAGAGUGGUCUGGUUGCCACAUUGAAGUGGUGUUUCGUUACGUUGUGUUUUUAAGGUGUUUCGAUACAGUCUUUCGGAGAUCAUACCGAUAUUUUUUUAAUCGUCUUAAAAGCGAUUUUAUCCUCGUCCGAUCGCCAUUUAAAAUUUCACCUCAACUAACCUUGGAUUGAAGUUUGUCAAAAUGUUGUUUUUAAGUAAAAUUGAUAUUACCGUGACAACGAUAAACAAAGUUAACAUCUUUUAAAUCAGUUAAAGACGAAUUUUGUGACAUCUAGGCCAAAAACAUCCUGACCAACAUCAGGAACUUAAAGUGUGGUGUUUGUCAAAUAACCUCUGUGAAAAUAAGAAAAAAUUCUGAAAUUCUAAAAGAAAAAUAUUAAGAAGAAAAAUAAUAAAAAAUAAAAUAUAAAAAAUAAAAAAAAAAUCUACCUGUUUGAAUUCUAGUAAAAGGCAAAUAUAUUCUAAGCCUCAUGUUUUCAGUAGUCAUGGUAAAUGUAAGAAUAAGCAAAUUCUAAAUAACUAAAAUUACUCUAAAGCAUCAUCGCAAUGCGGCGUAAUAUCAUAUUUCCAUGCUAGGAAAGUUUGGUGUAUUUCUUUUUUUUUCGCGAUCCUGGAAACCAACUUUCUUUCCGAACACUUAGCCUGAGAAAACAGACGACAUUUCGUGACGCCACAACUGGUUUCUCCGCCAAAUGUCGUUGAGAAGCGAGCGCAGAAAUUCCAGACUGAUGACUCGUCACUACCCUGAUCUGGCCAGUGCUUCUGAUUGGUUGAGGCAAAUUUUCCUCGUGGCACGACCAAUCAGAAGCACUACCCAGAACUAGGUGGCGAUACGCCAUCAGUAUGGGAUGUCGGCACUCGUUUCUCAGACGUCGUUUGGCGGGGUGACCAGUGGUGACGUCGCGAAAUGUCGGCUCUUUUCUCAGGCUGAUCUUUUAAACGUUAACAAGUCUUAUUUAUUUUGAUUAUUUUUUCAAUUCAGGAAGAACCUUGAAGAAAACAAUUGUGUUGUCAAACAUCCUGUGACAGGCGCACAAAUCGAUUUUCAUAAACUUGCGAGCAGUAGUGGAAGGUAACAGUUUUUUAAGCGUUUGUCUCAUUGAUACAUGAAUGAAAUUCUCAGUUACUACGUGAGAAAUGUGUCUAAUUUUUUUUAUUUCUAGCUUUAUUUCAGCUUGAUCCAUUAUUCCACAAUAUGUAGAAGUACAUAUAUGUAGUGUGAUAAAAACAGUCGACGUGACUACAACUCAAAGCUAAGUUAACUGUUGUUAUUCUACGUUUUUUCAGUACAUGGACCAUUACUGGUAUAAAAGAGGACAACAAAAAAGUGGUCUAUAAGAUCAACAUUUGCGGUAAAGUUACCUGCAAUCAAAAGGAAGCUGAUUUCUGUUAUGGCGACCAGGCCCUGAUAUCCGCUGGCAAGAAGUUCUUUUAUGAUGGUAAAACCGUAACUUUCUGAUUCAUUCUUACAGUGAAGGUCACGAUUAUUGCCAACUGACAGAGUUUUUCACAUCUUUUUGGCAUUUCUUCAGCCUAGGUCUGACGACUGUUGUGGUUCCUUGUACUGUCAAACCAGUCCGAAUUCAAGAUGUUUUGUAGGUGGAAUCAUACAGUUUCAAAAGACUUGAAAUGAAAUAAAACACGAUGGAACCUAUUUAACGAAUAUCCAUUGUCGUCAACGAUCUUCAAUGUAAGGGGUGUGUUUUUGGACUAUGUCGUCAUUUUACCUAACAGACGGGUCUUUGUUGACAUUUUUACCUCAUAUUCACUCAGCUUAUUUUACCCCUGAUCAAGCUAUCAAAAUAUCAUACCUGAAUAUUAAAAGUAAAAUAAUAAUAUUAAGGCUAGUGGGUCGAGCAAACAACUGAAACGAAUAAUAAACCCUUGCACGGUAUUUUUCAAGUUUUGAUAAAGACCAGUUAACGAAUAUCCAUUGUCGAUACUGCUGAAAAGCGCACCUGAAAAUUAGUAAAAAUACCGGCUGUUUGAAUUUGGUAUGCUACAAACGAGCAAAGAUAUUGCUCCACUAAGUCGCGACAUUUUGCAGAAAAGAAAUUGUGCGUUUUUAGAUCUGAAGUGAACAUUUGAUGGGAAGCAACAGCCCAAGUUAAACCACAGCAAGAAAAACAUUUUUUUUAUUGAUUUGCCCAUGAUAUAAUCUGAUUGCUUUUCAUGAAUAGUACCAAACUCUUUAUUUCUUUAUUAUAUGUUUGAAUUAUAACGAGCUGUAAAUAUUUUCUUCCUAAAGUAAUUCCAUAAUAACAUCAAAAUGUUUUUAUUUUGUUUAAAUGGAAAUAGCGUAUUUCCUAUUUUUUCUUUCCCAUUCUCCAAUAAUACCUGAUUCGUGAACGAAUUUGUUUGCAGGUUCUUUUUUUUCGAUGGAGAUGACUACAUCCAGCCCUUGCCCGGAUACUGAUUCUAAACAAGUGGUAGUGAUCAACUUUCAGUGUUCGGCGGGUGAGAAAGUGGUAAGAAGUCCUCUUUCAUUGAAGCAACAUCCCAUUGUCUCUCCAACCCCCUGAAUCAAUCUUGUAAUUUUUGUCUCUUGGUCUAAUGCUAUGCAAUGGAGAUAUAUGCUUUACUGCGGACCGAGCCGUGAGCUCAAAAAGAACGAGGCCAAUUUCCAGUCUUAUUAUAUGGCUGAAUCCGCGAGAGGGCAAGAUGAAGCGGGUCCUGUGUUCUGACUGGUUAAUCGAGCGGGCGAGAUGGCUCUUUAUUGCCGGUUCAGGACUUCCCGCGUUGAUUCUUCAAGAAAGAUUCUAUUUGGCUCCUCUAUUGACCAAGCUUAUUCGGUAAAGAUGGCUAAAAAUUGGCCAGGUUUUUUUUGCGUUUUUAUCGACCUCGACUUCGUUUUGAAUAUAAAAAUGCCAAUAAAAAAGACUGGGCCAUUAUCCAACCAUCUUUACUGAACAAGAACGGUUAAUAACGCAUAUAUCUUGACCUAAGGCAUUGGUUUGUGAGGGAUCUAUUAUAAAGGAUCUUUUAUUUAAAAGUAACUUUUGUCAUUGCUGCAACACGGCGCAAAAUCCCGAGCGGGCAAGAUGGGCCCAUGUUGCCCGCUCGGGUAGCCAAUCAGUCCGCAGAAUUUAUUUUACCAGCUCGGCAGGCCAUACGAUAAUUUGGUAUAUUGACUGGUAAGAAACACUAGGCGAAUUGCAUAAUUUGGGUGCAUGUUUGUCGCUUAAAACGCCCAUAGUGAUUCAAAUGGCUUGUAUAAAGGACCACGUAAAUUUUGCCUAGUUUGACAAGGAGUACUUCUAAGUGAUUGUAGUCUCAUUUUUUUUUCAGGGAAGUCCCAAGUUUGAAUAUCUUUCCAGUGUGUGUCAUCAUGUUUUCUCUUGGCCAACUUCUAUUGUUUGUGCAGGCGACUUGUAAGUUGCUAUGGGCCUUAACUUUAGUGCCCCUUUUGUAGCGAGGCUUGAAUCAGAAGUAAAAUACCAAAUUGAUUGGUGUGAACGAUACGAGCCGCAGUGGCGUUGCGAAAAUCGCAGUGUGACCACAUAGAGCUCCGUCUUCGACCACCUCCCAUAGGCGCAUAAGCGAGCAUGCGGAAACAACAAAAGUAUCCUUGUAAAAUGACUACGGCUUGAUCCUUUCGUGAGCAACCGCUGCCACCUUUUACAGUUAGGGGUUUAUUGUUCUAACUGUUUUAAACCUUUUGUAAACGACCACUUGACGCAUGGUUUGAUCUCCAUGUUCGCUUUGUGUACUACACUACUCAUAGUACACGAAGAUCUUUCAGCGAGAACAUGGGGCUGUACAUAUUGUAUACUUAAAAAAUGCAUGUACCAAACUCUUGUCCAAAAAGUAGACCUAUCUUCUUGGAAGAGAACCCCUGUGGCUCGAUUCUUGUAAGCGACCAGCUCCCGUAAGUGGCCACUUAAUCUUUUUUGUGCUCUAGGUGGUCGUUUAUGGGAGGUUCGACCGUAUAAAAAACGAGCUAAAGUUGAAGUGUUAGAUUGCAAAGGUUGAUAUCCACCUUUAUAGGUUUUCUUUACUGAAUUUGAAGGCAUUUUUUUAUUGUGCGUGAACCUCUCAACCUCUCAACAAUGCUGGUCUCGAUCCCGAACUUAUAAGUGGAGAACGGGUCAAUCGCGAGAAAAAGCCGGCUGAUAAGUUCAGGUUUUUAAAUAGUCUUGUGUUUAAUUUGACAAAAAUCAAAAUGAUGUCAUUUAAUACCAAUCCAUAAUGCAUAAUCACAGGGUCCAGAGGAGAUGUGUUUGUCGUUAGAACAUCAAAACCCGUCGAAAACAUCUGAAAUAAUGGGUUAUUUUGAUCGCGUUGACGAUCACCGGUUACAAUUUCGUUACACAUUCUGUAUACCGCAAACCAAGAGACUGAGGGCUCGCAAGAUCGGCUUACAGUAUAAAAUACUUUUUUACAGUAUAAAAUGCUUUUUUACAGUAUACUUUUUUACAGUAUAAAAUACUUUACAGUAUAAAAUACUUUUUUUUACUCGGCACUUCGUGCCUCGGUCGCCCUUCGGGCGACGUGCCGUGCGCCAGCGAGGCUAUGGCUUGCGGUUAUUGAUUUUCAAAAUGGCGAACAACAAAGUCGAUCUGGGUCAGAUAAGAAGCGAAGAAAUCGUUUACAGUAGAUUCAUAAAGAUCCCAUUGGGCUAAUUAAUUGUGCUAAGCGACAAGUAUAGACAUUUUUCAAGGUGAGACUUUAAUUAAGUAAUUUAUUUAUUCACACGAAACUCCUCUGGACCCUGUGGCAUAAUGCGUAAAAAAUGUUUUCAUGACAUCGCGUUAUCAUAUCAUCGAUGCGUGCAAAUUAUUGCUCAUCAAAUUUGCAGCGUGUCGUCAGCGCGAGUGAUCCGUGUUAUUCAUAGAAGUUUGUUUCACUCUUACGGUAGGAACUAGUCUGAUUAUUGUGUUACUGUUUCUUUGCAGGAGUCGAGAUGUGACUGAUAUUCCUGCUGUACCAAAAUCGCGCAGUUCUUCGACGAGGAAAAACGUGGGAAUCGCCUUUAGCGUUGUUUUUGCUGUUGUUCUGGUUGUGUUUUUAGCAAUUAUUUUCCAUAAACGAUCCAGAAGGCAAGUCUUUUCUUUUCCUUUCAAUACUAAGAUCAUGAAGUCAGUAUAUGUCACUGUACUUCAUAAGGAGCUCAUAACCCCGGACAGAGCAAAUCUAUUACUAGGCCUACGUCACGGCGUUUUCGGUGACAGGUUUAUUUUUAGAUUCAUUUUAUCGUUUUUUAUCUCGAAAAUGAAAGGUUCGCUCCUUCGAUGAGCGCAUUCGAAAUAUAAGAAAAAAAGGUAAACUAAACGUCAUUAAAACUAAAGAAAAACAUUUUCAGGUCUUAAUUCUGCAGACUGCUUUGUGGGACUUAACAAGAAAUUCUAAAUUCGCGCCAAAAUCAUUCCACUUAUAAUAAACUGGUCUGCGAAUACUCCAUGUCGUGAUUACGUGGAAGUUGCUCGCCCCCGGUUAUGGGCUCCUGACUUAAUCCACUGCAAAGUUCACCAGUUGUUAAAAGAAUAAAGCAUUGGCAGUCUAAUUAGUUGAUGUUAGGCGUCCAGCACGGGUUCUCUCGCAGCCAUGUCAGUCGUGUAGUAAAAACCAAUACUAUGAAUGCAGUAAACUUAGUCAGGUAAAUUGUGAACUACACUCGUCUAUAAUUUUACUCAGAUUGAGUUCUGUUUUUUUUUGUUAUCGCAGGCAUUCUAUAAUUUCUUGUGUGCGGUGGAACUUCAAGAGACAUAUUCUUCGUCAGGAAAUAAAAUAUCCAGUGUACAGAUAUCAGAAG